AUGAAUUAAUAAAACAUUAUUGAAUUCUAUCCAAACUUAUCAGAAUAGUUCUAAUCAAUUCUUUUAAAUUUAUACAGAAAUGAAACUUUACAAUAGUAUCAUAGCAUAAUUCAAUAAAUAAAAACAAAAUUUCCAUUUCCAAAAUAGAUGCCAUAAUUUAUGUAUCCAAAUGCUCAAUAAAUUUCAGAGUUCUUUCUUUAAAACUAUUAACCAAUUAUUUUGGAUUUGACCUCUCUUAGUUUAAAGCCUAAUGUGAAAAUAAAGUUAUAUAAAAAUGCUGUAUAUUUUGGAGAAAUCCAUCAAGAAAUGAGACAAGGACAAGGAGUUCUUAUUAAAGAGAACAACUAAAUUUAUGAAGGGUAUUUUGCACUUGAUAAAAAAGAUGGGAUUGGGUUUGAAAUAUUAAAAGGAGAUACAUUUUAUCAUGGACAUUACGUUUAAGGUUUUCCUCAUGGAGAAGGUUUUUAUAAGUCUGCAUCCCAUUCAUAUAUAGGAUAAUGGCAACAUGGGAAAAAAGUAAUUAAUAUUAAAUAUAUAAUAAGAGUGGAAUUGGAUGGUGUAUAGGAAAUAAGAAUGAUUAUAUUUUAGGAACUUGGGAAAAUGGAAAGUUUUAUGGAUUUGGAUUACAAAUUUAUGAUUCAAUGUAUGAAUUAUAUGUUAUAUUAAAUAGAUAUUUUGGUGAAGUAAUUAAUGAUUAAAAAUAUGGUUAUGGAGAAGAAUACUUUCCUGAAGGUGAUAUCUAUAAAGGAUAAUAUAAGAAUGGACUACCAAAUGGUAAGGGUAAAUAUAUAUGGAAAAAUGGAAAUUAAUAUUAAGGUGAUUUUUAAAAUGGUUUGAGAUGGGGGGAAGGAUUUUGGGAGUAAAAAACUGAAAAAGGCAUUUAAUUUUAUAAAGGUUAAUAUGUUAAUGACAAGAAAAAUGGUCAUGGUCAUUUUCAUUAUUCAAAUGGUACUGAAUAUAUUGGUGAAUUUAAUGAAGAUCAAAGAAAUGGAUUUGGAGAAAUAAUGUGGCCAGAAAGAGCUACCUAUAAAGGUUAAUGGAAAUAAGGUUUAAUGGAAGGAGAAGGGGUUUAUUAAUAUUAAAAUCAUAAAUUAUAAGGUAUUUGGAAAUAAAAUUAAUUAAUUUCAAAAGAGAAAGUUCGAGUCUCUUUAAAUCAAUUUCCUUUAUAACAUAAAUUAAAAGAUAUUGUUGAAGAUGAAGAAAUUUAAUCUCGUGUUGCAGAAGAGCCUGAUCAUGAAAAAAUAGGUGAUAUUUUUAAGAAAAUCACUCUCUAAAGCAAGACAAGCUUAAGCGUUUCUGAUACUUCAAAAUUUCCUUAAUUAAUAUAAGUUUAAAAAUAAUAAGAUAUAAAUUAAUAUGGUUAAGCAUGUUCAUAUCCAACAUAAAGAACUAAUCAAACAUUCUCAAUUGGUAUUUAAACUGAAAUUAAUUCAACAAAAAAAAAAUUACUUACUGAAUUACCUUCUAUUUAGACAAAGAAAAAACAUGUUUUAUUAAAUUACAGUAUUGAUAAUAAAAUUAAGAAUAAUAAAUAGAAUUUGAGUGAAUCUGUUACAAAUACUAAUUCUCCUGAAACUAGAGAGAGUGAAUUAAAAAAUAAUAUUAUUCAUUAAUCAUAAGAAAAGAAAUAACGAAAAGUUAAAUAAAGAUUAUCUUUAUUAACAAAAAUUGAAGAAAAAGUAUUAAAAAUAAGAAUUGAAAAAUAAAAAUUAAGUCCUUAUAAGUUUGAAAAAUUAUGGAGUAAAAAAGUACAUCGAGAUCCAUUAUUAUAUUAGGUUGUUAAUUAAGCUAAAUCUUUGAUAUAUCCACCUAUAUGGGUUCCUCCUUCUUUACAUCCUUAAAUAAAAAGAAAAUUUUGA